UUCGUUUCGUCGAAAACAGGAGAAGAUCCAGCUCCAAAGCUUGAGGCGCAGGACAACGGUCGUUCUUGUUGGACAUUUUUGAACUACGGCGUCUGUCUCCUCCCUGGAAAGACGGAAGGAGGAUAACUAAGAUGUCUUCUCCUGCAUCUACCCCUCGGCGAAGGUCGACUCGAGGCCAGGGAGACUCAUCCCCUGCCAGUCAUGCCAGUGUGCCUGCUAAGUCUCCGCAGCCAUCCGGCGCCGGAGCGGCUCAAUUUCCAGCACCCAUGGUGGGCGUAGAAUCGUCAUCUCGAAUUGGCGACACGAGUGAAAUUGAUUUGAGUAGUCCACAAGUGUUUGGAACUCCUGCUUCAACGAGAAUGACUGGCCUAGGUAGCUCAAUUGGCACACCGGUACGUGCUCGUGUCGACAUUGGAACACGGAGACUUCGAGAAGUACAUCUCACACCAGGAGCAGCGCACUCUGAUCAGCCCGAGCCUACAUCAUCAGCAGAACCAUCCGGUCUCACUAGCAACGUUGGUGCCAGCACGGGCACAGAUGCCAACGCCGCCAUGCGUCUCGUUGUCUGGGGAACAGAUGUUAGUGUACAGGAGACUAAAGACCGCUUCCGUCAGUUCCUGGAGACGUUUGACGUACAGAACGAAGACGAGCCACUCAUUGACAACCGCUUGCCAAUGUACAUGCAGAGGAUGGAAGAGAUUCACAUGCUGGAAACUCCUUUCCUCACCGUGGAUUGCUCACACAUCCGCCAAUUCAACAAUGAACUGUAUCGUCAGCUGGUGCACUAUCCACAGGAAGUCAUCCCGAUCUUGGACAUGGCCACUAAUCAGCUAUUCUUUGAAAACUACCCAAACACACAGCUCUCGCACCAGAUCCAGGUGCGGCCAUUUGGUGUUGAGCGCACCACUCACAUGCGAUCGCUAAAUCCGGAAGACAUUGAUCAGCUAGUGACUGUAUCCGGAAUGGUCAUCCGGACAUCCAAUCCUAUUCCUGAAAUGCGAGAAGCCUUCUUCCGCUGUGUUGUCUGCCAGUUCACACAAACUGUUGAAAUUGAUCGUGGCCGCAUUGCUGAGCCGACCCUGUGUAGAAACUGCAGCACAAACUACAGCAUGCAGCUGAUACACAAUCGCUCGCACUUUUCCGAUCGGCAAAUCAUCAAGCUGCAGGAGGCCCCUGACGACAUGCCACCUGGCCAGACACCUCACACUAUCAUGGUAUACGCACACAACAACCUUGUCGAUUCCGUGCAGCCUGGUGAUCGGGUCUCAGUCACGGGCAUUUACCGUGCAGCACCGCUUCGCGUCCACCCGCGCAUGCGCAACUUCAAAGCUGUCUUCAAGACGUACAUUGAUGCUGUGCAAUUUAUGAAGACUGAUGGUGACCGUCUGCAUGGUCGCGAGGACGACCUGGAGAAGUCACUGACUGCAGAGCGUAUUGAGCAGCUCAAGGAGCUCUCCCAGCUGCCAGAUAUCUACGAGCGACUAGCACGUGCACUUGCGCCAAGUAUCUAUGAGAACGAAGAUGUCAAGAAAGGUGUUCUUCUUCAGCUCUUUGGUGGCGCCAAGAAGGACCUGACUAACACUGGUCACAGUGCAUUUCGUUCCGAAGUCAACAUUCUGCUGUGUGGUGACCCGGGUACUAGCAAGUCACAGCUACUGCAGUAUGUACAUCACUUGCUACCACGUGGUCAGUACACGUCCGGCAAGGGUUCGUCGGCGGUGGGCCUCACUGCCUAUAUCACAAAGGACCCAGAGACAAAGCAGCUAGUUCUUCAGACUGGUGCUCUAGUACUUAGUGACAAUGGCGUUUGCUGUAUUGACGAGUUCGACAAGAUGAAUGACAGCACCCGUGCCAUUCUUCAUGAAGUCAUGGAACAACAAACGUUGUCCAUUGCAAAAGCUGGUAUCAUCUGCUCGCUCAAUGCAAGGACGUCCAUUCUAGCUGCUGCCAACCCACGGGAGUCCCGUUGGAAUCCCAAGUUGACAACAGUUGACAAUAUCCAACUGCCACAUACCCUGUUGUCCAGAUUUGACCUGAUUUUCUUGAUCCUGGAUCCACAAGACGAGUUGUUUGAUCGCCGCCUUGCCCGUCAUCUUGUUUCUCUUUACCAUCAGGACCAGAGACAAGAGGAGGAAGAGCACAUGGACCGUACCACACUACGUGAUUACAUCGCCUACGCUCGUGGACUUAAGCCACGUCUUGGAGAUGAGGCUGGACAAAUGCUGAUCCAUGCUUAUGUCGAGAUGCGCAAAAUUGGUAGCCAGCGUGGUAGUGUGUCUGCAUAUCCUCGUCAGCUGGAGUCACUAAUCCGCUUGUCUGAGGCUCACGCCAAAAUGCGUCUGGCUGAAGUUGUUGAGCCGCUGGAUGUUGACGAGGCCAAGAGACUGCAUCGUGAAGCUUUGAAGCAGUCGGCCGUGGAUCCGAGAACUGGCACUAUCGACAUUGGUAUCCUGACCACUGGUCUGAGUGCAACGGAGAGAACGCGUCGCUCAGCCAUUACUAAAGUUUUGCGUAAGCUUCUGGAGGCCAAGGGUGCCAAGGUUGCUUCAGUCAAGUACCAACAGAUCUUCAAUGAACUCAAGGAGCAGUCAGAUGCGCCGGUUUUCCCUGCCCAGUUCGAGGCAGCAUUGCGAGACCUGCAAGAUGACGACUUUUUGAUCCGCACUGGUGAAACCAUUCGCCUAUGUUAGGUAGCCCAUGUGGUGGCAUCACUAGGAACGAGUGCUGUGCCAUCAAUAUCAAAAAUCCUCUGCUUUUGUAUAUAAUGCUGUUUUUGCUAGUACAAGUACUCACUUUAUUCAUGACUCUCUCUCGCUCCCUCUCUCUCGCUCUCUCUCUCUCUCUCGCUCUCUGGUUUUUCCCAAGCUGUUUGUUGCUUAUGCUUUGAAAUGUUAUUGUAUAGCUGCUGCCUUUAUUGCCUCUGUUCUUGAUACGCCAUGGCCGUUUUCACAUCUUUUUUAGUUAAAAUUUGGACAGCAAGUGUUGUUAUCAACAUUUCUUUUUGUGCGAUUUUUUAUCUGUUUUUCUUGGAAUGAGUGAUCCUAUCUUUGCUGGUUUUGUGGUUGGCUCAAUCAGCAUAAUUAUACUACAGUCAAGAGUCCAUAAACAAGAGUAUGCAGCUGUGA